AUGCAGAGUCUGUACGAUCUUCGUCCAAUAUAUCUACCGUUCGUUAACAAGAUAGACCUCAUGACGUCUAAAUUGUACGACACCCACCCUGAUUCUUUACCCUCCUCAUCUUGGGGAGAGCCUGAUACCGCAAGAGGUAUUCACUAUGGGACAGAUGCGCUUCGACUGGCUCUGCUAUUCGAUCCGGGAAAAAGGAUCACAGUCACUGCGAGGCAAGCUUUGCGGGUAAUGAGGGCGUUCCUAAGUAUAGAGGAUUAUACCGGCAUGCCAGGUAUUGAAUGGCUUAAAUUGUUCCUCGUCUGCACCGAAGAUUAUGGAGGUCGUCCGGCUGAGAUUUGGAAUCUGGAGGACGCUUUCUUGCGGAUGGAAGUGCGCAACAAUUUCGGACCACAAGUACCAGAUUCGUGGUACUACUAG